GCAUUUCGAAGAUAUUGAAAUGGUUAACGUCAGCAAUCCUGUCAUUAUAGACCAAGAAUAUUGUCCAUGGAAUCAAUGCAACCGAAAGGUUCCAUCAAAAAUUAAGAUCAGCAACGUCAGUUUCAAAAAUAUCAGAGGCACUUCUGCUACUCCGGUCGCAGUCAAACUUCUUUGCAGCAAAAGUAUACCAUGUGAAGGUGUAGAAGUUGCUGAUAUUAACCUCACUUAUAAUGGAAGUCGAGGACCGAUUACAUCUCAAUGUGCUAAUGUCAAGCCCACCAUUUCUAGAAAGCAAAACCCACGUAUAUGUGCUGAACCUGCUCCUGUUGAUGCUCCAUCAACAGAUUAAUCUUUUUAA